AUGAGGUACUGGCAGCCUGUGCAGGAUGCUCCUGUGCUCUGGAAUAUGAGCAGGGAGCCGUGGGUCACUUGGGUCCCUCUCAUCUGCUUCAUCCUCCACUUCAUUGCUUGGCUGGUCAUCUUUAGCAUCCUCCUCAUCUUUGACUACGCAGAGCUGAUGGGGGUCAAACAGGUACCGCGCAGCUUCCCUUUUCCCAUCUAGAGAGGCCACCGUCCUGUAUUUGGCGGCUGAGCUCAGUGAGGCCCAAUGACCCAACCAAUGAGGGUGAUAUAAGAUAUUUCCUCCUGCUGUAAAAUAUUUCUAAAAAGAGAUGUCCCAGGGUUGAAGCAAAUUUGGAAGACAUGACCUCUCUCUUGGAAGCUCUUAAUGUGCUCUGACUUUACAGUGAUAGCAGUUAGGGGGGUGCAUUGGAUUUGGAUGAAUUCUGAGGGAUUUUUAAUAAUAAUAAUAAUGGUAUUUGAUUUUAAAACUAUAAGAUCGUAACAAUACACAUAACAUCCACAUUUGGAGAUUCCUCAGAAUCUCUGGACUUCCCACCUUCCCCUCCAUGGGUCCUAUUAUUAAACCUUUUCUACUUCAACUUUUUCAAUAGUCCAUAUUUUAUAUAGGUCCAUAGCACUUGCUACGAGUGUUAUUGCAAUCCUGCUAAUGUUUUCAUCUGUUUACAGUGGUCUCCAAGAUAAAUUAUAAAUUUCCCCCAUCCUUUCUUAAAGUUAUGGUCUUCUUGGUUCCUGAGCAUAACGGUCAGUUUUGCCAUUUCGGCAUAGUCCAGCAGUUUAAUUUGCCAUUCCUCUCUGGUAGGGACAUUUUCUUCUUUCCAUCUCUGGAAUUCUGAGGGAUUUUUGGUCAAGGCAGAGACCGCAGAAGCACUUAAGUGUUGUCUCAGCAGUCCAGACAACAAAACAAAAGCAGAUCUCACAUUCCCCCUUUGUGAAUAUGUAGAGGCCCAAUGUGUAAAAAGGUAAAGGUAAAGGGACCCCUGACCGUUAGGUCCAGUCGUGACCAACUCUGGGGUUGCGGCGCUCAUCUCGCUUUAUUGGCUGAGGGAGCCGGCGUACAACUUCCGGGUCAUGUGGCCAGCAUGACUAAGCCACUUCUGGCGAACCAGAGCAGCACACGUAAACGCCGUUUACCUUCCCGCCGGAGCGGUAUCUAUUGAUCUACUUGCACUUUGUGCUUUCGAACUGCUAGGUUGGCAGGAGCAGGGACCGAGCAUCGGGAGCUCACCCCGUCGCGGGGAUUUGAACCGCCCACCUUCUGAUCGGCAAGUCCUAGGGUCUAAAAUGACGUCUUGUUUCCCCAAAAGAUUUGUGCAUCUGCGGUGCAAAUGGGUGUUUCUCUCGUUCCGUAGGUUUACUAUCACUGCCUGGGCAUGGGGGACCCUUUGGCCGUGAAGUCCACAAGUGCCAUCCGCCUCUUCUCCCACCUGCGUCACCCCGUGUACCUGGAGUUUCUCCUCAUCCUGUGGGCUGUUCCCUGCCUUUCUCUUGACCGCCUGCUCCUCGCAUUGCUCUUCACAGCCUACAUCACCUGCGCCCACAACCUUGACCAGCAAGACUACCUCUACCUGCGAGCUCAGCUGGACAAGAAGUUCCAGAUCUUCUCCCGUGAGGAGGCAGCCUAUGGGGAUCUGCUGGCUCAGAAUGGCCCCUCCGUCCUUAAGAACUGA